AUGGUAGCUAAGACAAAGACAUGGUUGGUUCUGUCCCUUCUUCUAUUGGCUGCAAACUGCAUGCAACAUUGUGUCUAUGGGGACACCCAAUUGCCUUGCCUUUUUAUCUUUGGGGACUCUUUGUCCGACAAUGGAAACAACAAUAAUCUUCCAACAGCUGCAAAAUCUAAUUACAAUCCAUAUGGCAUUGACUUCCCAAAGGGCCCGACUGGAAGAUUCACCAAUGGAAGAACUUCAAUUGAUAUAAUUGGCCAGCUUUUGGGAUUUCAGAAUUUCAUCCCACCCUUUGCAAACCUUAGAGGCUCCGACAUACUUAAAGGUGUGAACUAUGCAUCCGGUGCAGCUGGGAUUCGCAUUGAGACUGGCACACAUCUGGGUGCUGAUAUAAGCUUGGGAUCACAGUUAGCAAAUCAUGGAGUCAUAUUGUCCAAAAUUGCAAACAAACUUGGAGGCUUCGACAAAGCUGUAAAAUACCUUAACAAGUGCUUGUAUUACGUGAAUAUAGGCAGCAAUGAUUACAUAAAUAAUUACUUCCGUCCUCAAAUUUACCCAACAAGCCGCAUCUAUGCCCCUGAUCAAUAUGCCAAAAUUCUUAUUGACCAGUUAUCUCUAUAUUUACAGACGCUGCAUGAUUUUGGGGCAAGAAAAUACGUACUAGUUGGGGUGGGUGCAAUUGGAUGCACUCCAAAUGCAAUGUCUACUCAUGGGACAAAUGGAUCUUGUGUUCAAGAGAUGAAUGCUGCUGCUUCCAUUUACAGUAACAAGCUUAAAUCUCUUGUCGACCAAUUCAAUAACAAGUUCCCUGCUGAUUCCAAAUCCAUCUUUAUAGACAGCACAGCUGGAAGCCUUGACAGUAGUUCCCUUGGUUUCACGGUUUCCAAUGCUCCUUGCUGCCCAACAAGGGAGGAUGGACACUGUGCUCCUGAUCAAAUGCCAUGCAAGAACAGAAAUGAAUACGUCUUUUGGGAUGGAUUCCAUACCACAGAAGCUACCAACCUAAUCGUUGCUUUAACUUCAUACAAUGCUUCUAAUCAAGCCUUCACUCACCCAAUGGAUAUUAAACACCUCGUCCAGUCUAAUUUUGUUUGUAGCUUCUAA